UAAGCCGUUCACACAGUAGUAGCACUUUCGUCGGUUUGAAAGCUGAUUCAAUUGAAUUUUGAAUUAAUGGUCAUUAUCGACAAUUUAAUUGCGUUAUCAAAGUGGGUUUGGUGUACAAACUGCACUGGCCAUUAGAUUUUGCCAGUUUUAACAAAGAACCAGAGUCCUUUUAUUUUGACAUGAAUCAAACCCUUGUGGGUUAGGUUUCCAUGAGAUUCAAUAUCCAAGUGACAACAACACUGUUACUGCACUAAUAGUUAAGCUCUACAGAUACCUUGGUCAUGAAAACCUGAUGUGCCUUGUUUAAAACUUUUGCCAGUAAGGUUGUUUCCUCUCAUCAUGCGGCGUGCCAAGCUUGCUCCGGGAUCUUUUUCUGCUGGGUCCCUGCCAACAGCUACUGGCCAUGUUACACCACGCUGCUUUGUCUGUGAUGAGCUAAUAAAAUCUCAUCGCCUGAGUACUUCACUUUUGGCAGGUCGUACUCAGUACACACACUCGCCUCUACCAACAAAAAUUGGCGGGUACAUUGGCGAUGAGUUUAUAGUCGUUGUCACUCCUCAAGAUGCUCUGUGCAAACACUGCAUGGCCUUAAUUAAUACCAUGGAUCGACUUGAGCUUGAACUCCGUCAGCACAGAUAUACACUUACUCAGCAUCUCAAAAUAAAAUACAAAUUAGAUGGCCAAUCAGCAAAACAAUCCACAAAAAUUGAGGUCAUUGAGGAUGAUGAUGACCUUGAUGAACCUGAAGUUAUUGAAGUGUCAGAUGAAGAAUGGACUCCACACAAGAAGCAACGGACAGAAUCAGUUAAACAUCAUCGAUGCAGGUUAUGCAAUGCUAGUUAUACAAAUUUAAGCCUUUUCAUGGCACACCUUAGUAGGCACAAGCAAAUAGAUAAAAUUAAAGGUGCUGUACCCUUUGGGUCAUCAGGUAAACCUGCAGUUAACAACAACAAUGAAAGUUUUGUACAAAUGAAGUUUAAGUGUGGUUGUUGUUCAGAGUACUUCCCUACAAAGGAAAGUUUGGCUCUUCACAUGCAAUUGCAUACAGGGCCACAGACAAAGCCUAGAGUGAAAAGCAAUCUUCCAUCGCCCAUAAACAAUCCAGUUGGUGAUUAUGAUUCAUCUGGUCAGCUUCUCAAACUUGAGGCAACUGUGCAAACUUCUUCAUUAUUUGAAGAUAUUGAACAACUUUCCCAGCAGGAUAUUCCUUUAUCAGAGGGUGUGUGUUUAGAAGAACAGAAAGGAAGAGUUUGUUUGCUAGCACUGCUUAAUAAUGGGGUUUGUUCUGACCUGUCUCAUCGAUCGUCUGCUGAAGUUGAUCCACAGAAUAUACCUGUGCUUCCACCAGUGAGUUGUGUACCAAAAGUAAGUAAUCAAAACAGUGAACAGACUAUUUCCAUCACUGUAUCUAUACCCAGUGCCAUAAAUGGAGGACAAAUGACUGAACAGCAUAUUUCCCUGACAUCAGUCUCUGAGUCAAGUUGUGUAAGAAAUAUGUCCUAUCCUGUCACUCUGACUAACACAUCAACUUUGCCAUCAUUAUGUGGGAAUCCAGCCUCAGAACCAUGCAUUCAAAGCAAGAAACCUAUCCUUAGCAAUCCAAAAUUAGAACCAGGAAGUUUCAACACAAGUCAGAGAACAGGCCUGGACAAUAAUUUUGAUAUGCCUGACCUGUUGGACACUUCACUGGAAGAUGUAAAGCUGAACAGUCAAACUGAUCAACACUCAGUGCCAAGAAAUGAUGUCAGUUCUGACAAAAUAACAUGCACAUGGAACAAAGGAAAUGCUUAUUCAACUACGACUGCUGUGAAUGUUCCUUUAGAUCCUGUUAGUGGAGAAUCCCAAAGCUUAGAUAUGCCAUCUUUGUUGGAUGAUGACUUAUUGCCUUCCAGUGAUAAUACGAACCAAGAAAUAUUUGUACAAAUGCCUGCCACAUGCACUUUAAAUCAAAAUCCAUCAAAUAUUUCAUCACUACAUCAAGCCAAUGCUCCAAGUGAAGCCAUCUUGUGUAAUAAUCCAAGAAAAGAUUUAGAAGUGACUGCCCAGUCUAAUUCCAUACCGUUAGCCAGUGCCAACAAGAAUGUGUCAGACACUAAUAAAAAUAUAGCUGUGGUAAACGUUAAAAGUAUUCCAAUGAAUAGAGACAGUUUUGACACAGAAAGUGAUUGGUUCUACCCAUCUUCAGAUAAAGAGAUUACAUCUGUACUAGACAGCAAGAAGUUAAAUGAGAUGGAGCCACCCGUUCCAAGCUCCUGGUUUAAUGACAGUGACUUUGCGCUUACAGAAAAUGUCAACUGAGGAUGGUAAAUCUGCCAAUGAACAAGAAGUAAGAAACAUCAUUUCUCCUUUAGUUUGAAGAUGUCUGAGAGUAAUCAUUUUUGUGCAAUAUAGACUUGAGAUUCAAGAAAGUUCUUCUUAAUGGACAAUUUGUUGUUUUGACCAAAAAUAUUCAAUAUAUCUAACUAGUUUACAGUUUUGUCACAAACUCUGCUCAUUCUGAUUCAAUUUCUCCCAGUCAGUUUUAAAGUGUUUUUCCCCCGAUGGAUGAAUGUUCUUAAAUGUUCUAUUGUGGCAAUUUGUUUAUUCUGUUCUCCUUUUACUUUCAUUCUGUCCACAACCUUUGCAUUAUUUCUUCAUAAAGAUAAAGUUUAAACAUUUGUUUCAUUGUGAUAUUUUUCCUAGCUCUUCAACCCAUAUUACCCUAAGAAAAAACUAUAUUAGUUUGCAAUUUUAAAUGUCUGAAAUUUGUUGAUAACUUUAAAAAGUUUAAGUUUGGCGCAUACUGUAUUGCUUUGGAAAGUUACCAUAUUUCCUAUUUUUCUUUGUGAUGUGUGACUUGUAUUACAUUUACUUAAAAUAUAUAGCAUCUAAAUUAGCCUACCAAAAAAUAUAAGCUAUAUUUCUAAGUCUCCAAAGAUGUUAAUUGAUCUAUCAAUAAUGAUGUACUUUAAACUGUGCUAGUCAACUGUUCUGUAACAGAUAGUCAUUGUAUGUAGGUAUGUAGACAAGUGAAGUGAUAGUUACUAUCUUUACACAGUACAUAGUACAAAAGUAUAGAAUUUAUGUACAUUGAAUGUGAGAACAUCUGAAGGAUGUUAAAUAAAAAUGCAAGUCAAUGAUACUGGUUAAACUUAGGUUGAAGGGCAGUAGGACUGAAAAAAAAUAAAAGCUGCUCUUUUCUUUA